AUGAGGAUACUAAGGCUAUUCUUCAUUCAUGCCAUCCUACUAUCCAUUAUUGACGCUUUUUUCAGAAUCCCACUCACUCGUCAUCCCACAAACAGAACCCGUCCCUAUGCAUAUCGGGGAAAGUUCUCGAGAGUAACUCUUGGUGGAUGGAGUGAGAAUCUAUCCAAUUUCAUCAAUUAUAUUUACUUUGGGCCAAUCCAACUCGGCACUCCACCACAAACAGUCACGAUCGACUUCGAUACGGGCUCUGAUCAAUUCUGGACCACAUGUAAUUGUGCUGCCGGUGAUAUUGUAGCAUUUUUGCGUGGGGAGCCAAAUUAUUGCAAAUCACAUAGAAGGAUUUUCAAUCCGAAUCGAUCAAAAACGAAUCGAAAGACGUCGUCUCCAUUCAGCGUCACUUAUGGGAUUGGAUACGUUCAAGGGACGGUGAUGUUUGAUAGAGUUUGUAUCCCAGGGGUCAGACAUUGUAGUUCUGCUCAAACAAGGGUUGGCUGUGCCUCAUACACGGACUCGGCUUUUAGGAAUGCUCCCGGCGAUCAGGAUAGCGACGGUCUCAUGGGCUUAGCGUAUGUCUAUGGAACGAUGGGCAGAUCGCCGAUCCGAUCAAUAUUCAAUAGGUCUAACUGCAAACGUAAGAUUUUUGCUUUCUACCUAAAUAACAGUGGCGAGAAGGAGAGAAGUGAGAUGACGCUCUGUGGAACGGAUCCAGCGCAUCAUAGAGGGAAAAUCCGUUUCCUGAAAGUGGCAAAAUCGAGCUAUUAUUGGACGCUAACAUUGGAUAGAGUAUACAUCAGAAGUAGAGUGGCAUGGGCCCGAUCAUCGAGUAAUGCCAUUCUCAUUCUGGCAGCAUGUGUUGGCUGUAAAUGUCCCAAUCUGACCUUCAGCCUCAAUGGCCAUUUGUUCACACUACCCGGCAGAUAUUAUGUGCAAAACUGCGUCUUUCUCAUCUUUCCAUCAUCAGAAUUCUCUCGAUUCCCCGGCCUGGGGGCAAAUUGGAUUCUCGGCGAUGCAUUCCUUCGAAGAUUCUAUUCUGUUUAUGAUUAUGCUCAUGGAUUGGUUGGAUUGGAUGUUCGAGCU